CUCUCUCUCUCUCUCUCUCUCCAAGAUAUAACCACGGCCUUCUUCAAAAAAAAAAAAAGGGUGAAGAAACAAACCCUCUCCAGCUCUCUUGCUCUGGCUCUCCCAACCAUGGAAGCUCUCAGCUUGCUCAAGUACUGGAGAGCAAGUCCCGCUGCUAACGUCCGCAACCCAACCACCACCAUCACAGUGGAAACGGACGACGAUGACGACGAUGAAGGCCCUUUCUUCGAUCUGGAGUUUGCAGUGCCUGACGAUGAGGAUGACGAUGAAGAUGAAGAUGAAGAUGAUCAAGAAAACAGAGACGCAGACGAACAAGGGGACGGUUCCGAGGAGACAGACGGAGAGAGAGAGUUUGACUUGGCGGUGUCGUCUGGCACGAGCCAAGAACGGACAGAUCCGAAUCUUACUCUCUCUCCUUCGGACGAUCUCUUCUUCAAGGGAAGGCUCGUGCCACUUGAGCCGUCCUCCCUUGCCUUUAAUCCAUCGGAGCCUAAUUCCAAGCCCCAGUUCCCCGUCUCCUUGCUCAAAUCAGCCACCAAGUUCCGCAUCUUCUUGCUAGGGUUUAAGAAGCCUAAACCCACCGCCGAGACGAAUGGUGCUACACCACCUCCCAAGCAGCAGCAGCAGCAGCAGCAGAGCAAGCUUUUUACCGUGAAAUUCAAGGUUGACGAGGUCCCAAUCGUGUCUCUCUUUACUAGAGACAACAGCUCUAGGAACUCCGGCAGUAAAAACCAGCAGCAGCAGCAGCAGCAGCAGCAGACGGUGGAAGAUGUUGUCUCCGACGAAGGGAUGUCGGCUUCUGACGCGAAGCGGUUUGCAAAGGAUGUUGUACACAAGUAUCUGAAGAUGAUAAAGCCGCUCUACGUUAAGGUUUCUCGCAAGUAUGGAGAGAAGCUAAGAUUUUCCGGGCAGCUGAGCUUAGGCUCAGGAAAGACAUCUCCAACGGCGAACAAUGAGGGAGUAGCAGCUGCUCAAGGAGAAGUGGAAUCCAUGCCACCAGCAGCAGCAGCAGCAGCAGCAGCAGCAACAACAACAUCAACAUCAACAUCAACAACAACGCCGGCGCCUCCUGCUGCUCCUACUAACAUUAGUAAGAAUCAGAAGCAAGGGAACCUGCCGGCGGGUUUACGCGUUGUCUGCAAGCACUUAGGAAAAAGCCGAUCGGCAUCAGCUGCAGUGGCUGCAGUGGCACCAUCACCGUUGCAGGCGCAGCAGAGGCGGGACGAUUCGCUUUUUCAGCAGCAGGAUGGGAUUCAAAGCGCCAUUGCUCACUGCAAGAGGUCCUUCAAUGCUUCUAAUAAAGAGGUUGAGGAGCGUUCGUUGCCGCGGUCAGUGAGCGAUACCUCUGCUGAUAAGUCGGGCGAUGUCUGCUUGACCAGUUCAGGAAAAGGGAAAGAAGCUUGCAUUUGAACCCCUUUUUCAGAUAAUGAAAAGCUUAUCAGUUUUUCGAAUUAGAGCUUUCGUCCGCCUGUAGCCAGAUGGUAGGAGCGAGACAAGUCCGUGUAAAAGAAAACAAGAAGAAGAAGAAGAAAAUCAUUGAAAGAGUAGGUAAGUAGUUAGGAUUUCUAUGUUUUGUAAAGGAAUGAAGAGAUGAAUGAAGAAGAAGAAGAAGAAGAAGAAGAAGGAUGAGGUAGGUAGUUAUGUGUAAGUAUCUAAGGAACUUAAAAUGCAAGAGAAGAAAGGAAUCGUGUGGAUGAAAACAUGGUCUUUCUCUUAAGACCAGCAAUCUUCAAAGGAGGCUUGGAAAAAAAAUGCUCUUCCUUAUUGAGCUCACUGUA